AAAUAACUUUAUUUUCUAAAUGAAAAAAUUCAACGUUUUGAAAAAUAAUCAAGAUUUUACUACGCAUUUUGUUUAUACCCAUUCUAUACAACGCACAUUGCAAAAAAUGUCAGCUGUCAAAAUUGUAGCGAUGGCGGGUUAAAUGAACACAGUGAAAAUAUAAUUGAUCUAAAUGACUACGUUGAGUGGACACAAUGAUUGUAUUAUUUCAAAUGAUAUUAUGUACUGGCAAACAAUUAUUUCAAUUUAUAUUCAGCAAAAUUUAUAGUACAUAUUUUCCGUUUAAUGAUGACACGCAAAAUAGGGUUAGAUGUAUAUACGAAGGAGAACCCGCCUGUUAUGAUUCCGAAAGAGGCCUACAAUUUAGUCCACCAUUGUAUUCUCAACGUUAUUUGGCUGUGCAAGAUUUGAUACGAGAUGAGCGAUGGAAUGGAAAAAUUCAUAAAAUUGUAGAUUUUGGAUGUGCAGAGUUAAAAUUCUUUAAAUAUACCAAAAAUAUGCGGGGAGUCCAUGAAGUACUGGAAGUAGACAUACAAAGUUCAACACUCGAAUCAAAUAUAUAUCGUGUUCAACCAUUAAUAGUUGAUUUUAUUCAACGACGAUCAGAAGCCUUAGAUGUAUCUGUACUAGCUGGAAGUAUUGCAGAUCCGGAUCCACGUUUAUUAAAUACGGAUAUGGUAGUUGCUAUAGAAAUAAUUGAACACCUGUAUCCUGAUACUUUAGAGGCGAUACCAUACAAUAUUUUUGAGUUUAUAAAACCUUGUGUGGUUGUUUUUACAACACCUAAUGUCGAUUUUAAUGUUUUAUUUCCACCAAGAAGUACUUUUCGUCACGAUGAUCAUAAAUUUGAAUGGACAAGACGGCAAUUUCAAGACUGGGCGUAUAAUAUUGUGGCAAGAUUUCCAGAGUAUGCUGUAUGGUUUGAUGGUGUUGGUGCAUUACCCGCUGGUACGCUAGAAAAUUUAGGUUGUUGCACACAAAUGGCAAUAUUUCACAAUCCAGAUUAUAAGUCACGUAAAUUACGUGAAAAUGAUGACUACAAAUCGUACGGAAUAUGUACAUACAAAAGUUUUACAGUAGCUAACGAUCAUCCAAUGUAUAUCGAUGAGAAAUAUACGCGUCCAUGUUAUUAUAAAUUAAUUACAGAAGUGAAUUUCCCAUACGAAGAAGUGGAUGAGCUAUCACAUAAUGAUAAAAUAUUAAAUGAAGUUAUGUACAGAUUAACAAUUUAUGGAGUGGAAUAUGGUUUAUAUUUUAAUUAUACCAAAUGGCGAUCAGAAGUACCGGUUACGUUUUUACAUACAUUCGUUCGGGAUUUAUGUACUUUAGAUGAAUUAGUAAUAAUAUUAAAAGAUCAUUACAUAAUGGAAAAUCGUUUAAUUGACGACACGAUACAAAUGUGUGUUAUAUACGAAAUUAAUGAUACAUCGUCAGAAAGAACCACCAGUAUAAGUAGCGAUGCUGCUAGUGAAUCUCAAUUACAUGUAAUUAAUGCUUCGGAUUCUGAUUGGGAAACAGUACAAUAUUCGGACCCAAAAUAUUCAAAUAGUUCUUUAAUAUUAAAAAGCCAUGCAUGCACUGAUGAUAAUUUAUCUGAAAAAAUGCUUGAAGAAGUUGAAAUUCAAAGUAUAUUACCAAAGGAUGUGGGAAUUAACUGUAAUUUAAGUGAAGAAGCAGUUGGUGAAGUUCUACAAACCGUUGUGAUACCUUCAACAAGAUCAAUACUUAGUGAAGUUGGAACAAAUCAAAUAACUUCGUUGCCGAAAGAUGAAUUGAAACUAGUCGAUGAAUUCGAUAAGAAAAUAGAUGCUGAUACUUUAAUUGAGAAGAAUAAAGUAGAAUCUUUAUUACCAUUUAUAGAAUUUCGACCACCGAGUGCUGAACUUCGAACAAAAUCCGAGAUUGUUGGUAAUGGAUCUCAUCAAAAAACCGAUAAAAAAACUAUUAAAUCCAAUUCGAAACAAAUUGAAAUUAAUGUAAAAUUACAAAAUUCGAAAAGUAAACUCACAUCAGCGAAAUUAAACGAUUUGAAAUUUCAAGUGUUUCCUCCGGUUGUUGAUUUAAAUAAACCUGAAGAAUUGAAACCUCAAAUCGUAAACCUACCUAAUGUACCGCUUCCUCUACCUCCACGUAUAGUUGAAAAUGGUGAUUUAAUAAAUAAUAAUCGUGAUCGUGAAGGUAACAACUACGAGGCAGUUGACGAUGAAAAUGGUUUGGAGAAUAAUCUUGAAGAUUGGAAUUUUGAUCAACACAAUGAGAAUCAUAUUGUACGCGUUGAUGAUAUUGUACCAGUGAUACCAGAAGUACGUUUAAAAGACCGUGCUGCCGAAGAUGUCAUUGAAUAUAUUAUACCUGGGAAAAAGGGUCCCCAUGAUCUUAUUAGGGAUCUAGUCGAGCAUGUUCCCGAGCCCGAGCCAAUAAAUUAUCAAUCAUAUCAAGUAAACGAUUUUCCAAUACGGCCAGAUAAGAGUAGAUACUCUGUUUAUUUUAGGAACGAGUCAGAUAUGUAUCGAAAUAAUGGCGAAACGGCAUCUGGUCAAAGCACUAGUUCGUUAGAAGUAAAUACUUCCAAUGCGGAUGCUGAUGAACUUUCAGUCUUAUCAGACCGUCAUCCAAGUGUUCAUUUUGAUGUAUCUAACGGAAGCGAAGUUAGUGAGAAUUCCGUUUAUCAUGAAUUAAUGCCUGAACCAUUCCCAGAAUGGCUGGUUCGUUUAAUGCCAGUUGUUAAUUUGGAACAUCACGAAACGUUAGAUUAUUUAUCACAAGGAGAUAAUCUAACUGUCAACCCAAAUGAUGAUUUCGAAGAAUCAUCGAGUGCGGCUAGUGAUAAUAAUGUAGAUGCUGAUGAUGAAGAUAAUGGAUCGGCUGAUAUUCUAGGCAUUGAUGAUUCGAAUCCAGGCCUUGCUCCUAAUAUUAUGCUGCUUGGACAAUCGUCAUCGCAACAGACGAACAUUGACAGUAUCGAUACUGAUGAUUAUUUUUUUGAUUCUGUUAACGAUUUACCAAGUGAUGAAGUAUUUUUAUUAGCCGCCGAUGAUUCGCAACUAGAAUUGGAAAAUACUCUACAACGCGUACAAAAUGUUCUACAGAGUAAUGACAAAUCCUCAAGUCAUUCCAAGCCCCCUCCGUCAUCUUGAAAAUGUUUUUCCUCCACCGAAAAUCGUUCCCUCAUCCCGAUAAGGAAAGCCAUUAUGUUGCUCAACUAAAUUGAUAUUUUUUUAUUAUUUACAAAAUAGGAAUUAACUAGCGGGUUUUAUACUAAAAUACUAAAGAAGAAAAAAAAUCAAAACCCUUCAUAAUCAUGAAUCUCUCCCAAAGAAAUGUAUUCAUAUUUUCAUAGAAUAUAGUAUCGUUAUUUUUU